AUGACACAGGCAUCUGAGGGCUGGAAACUGCCAGCAUCUGGCUCUCUUCCCUUCACCUUCAUUUAUGUUGUGUCACUAACAGGGAACAUCACGAUCCUGUUUGUUACCACGACUGAUCUGAGCUUCCAUGAGCCCAAGCACCAAUUCUUCUCCACUCUGGCCACCACCAGUUUGGGCUUGUCUCUAAUGCCAACUGCGAUGGGUAUACUCUGGUUUGAUGCCAGGCAGGUUAGUUUUGAUGUUUGUUUCACUCAACUUUUUAAACUUCAUUCAUCCUCCUUGGAGCCCUCAGUGCUUCUGGCCAGGGCCUUUGAUUGUUAUGUGGCCAUCUGCUACCCACAGAAGUCCUCCUCCAUCCUCACCGGUGCCAGGGCAGGCAGGAGCAGGCUGGCUGCCUUGCACAGAUGAGCCUUACCAACUGUCCCCCCAUUUGUGAUAUUAAAAGGUCUGCUCUUCUGCCGGUCCCAUGUACCCUCCCACAUCUACUGUCUCCAUCAGGACCCGAUCGAGCUGGUGUGUGCAGACAUAUAUGACAAUACAUGGUAUAGCUUUGCUUCAGCCAGUCUCUUUCUGACGUUCAACCUCAUCCUCAUGUCAGAUGCACUGAUUGCGGGGGCCGUUCUGAGCAUCACAUCCCAGAGGGGACAUCUCACUUUGAACAACUGCCUGUCCCAUAUCCUGGCUGUCCUGAUCCCCAUGGGCAUCCCCACGGUUGGCUUGUCCAUGCUUGGCCAGCAGGGCCAGCAUGCUUGGCAUCUUAUUCCUGUCUUCAUGGCCAGCAUCUACCUGCUGGUCCUCCCCAUGCUGAACCCCAUCUUCCACAGCAUAAAAACCGAACGGAUCUGCAGAGGUGUCCUCAGGGUCCUCAUGCCCAGGUAUCCCCUGGUAUGA